GUUAGGAUCAAAUGAUAUUGAUCAAUUUAAGGUCCCCUAUUAUUUGCGUCCACCUUCGCGUUCUUUUUUAGUGGUGAGCCCUUCAUGGAAUAGAAGACGAAAUUCAUAGCCGCCGAUAGUCAAGUCAUGCUAGUCCCGAGCUCUUGUCCACCACACUUUUGAGUUUUUUCAGUGAUGUACAACGGAUUGAAGAAGAUACAGUUAAUGGACCAGUUUUCUGCCGCUAUUGCGUCGGCUCCUUUCAGUAAAGUAGUUGAAAAUAUAGUAGGAGCCAGUUGAAGGCGGCCAUUCCAUAGCAAUGUGGGACUCAUCAACAUCAUAUAGACUUAAACUUUGACAAUCAUAAUGCAUAUCUUCUGUGGGAUUGCAAUGCGGACUACAUUUGGUUAUGCAUAUCCCCUCGAUAUUGUAGCCAAAGUCAUCCAAUGCAUUGGUGGUAUGUAGCACAUACAACGUGAUCUCGAAAGCCCACCUGUAUAAGUACACGACCCACAUCCAAAGCUUUACGCAGGACUCAGGACGGAAACAACAGCUCCCCUGUGGCUUCGGCAUACGUAUCCAUUUCGAUUGUAAUUCUUCUAAUGGACUCUUUCUCUGAUGUCUUUGAUUCGCUGCAUGGCGAGGACUUUCUCUAGCUCCUUUACACACCAAAAGCUGUCUCUGUAUUCCAACAGCCUUGCUGAGCUGAGGAGGUCUGUGGCCUUCGCGGAGGAGGCGUUUCGAAAAGCAUCCAUAGAAAGAUUCUGUUCUCGUGAAAUGUUUAGUAGAAAAAGCCGGUAUCGCGACCUAAUUUGUACGACUGCUCGACGGCGUGAUAUAGGAAACGACAACCUUGUGUGCUGACGCCGUGGCGCUAUUAUUGAUGGUAGUGGCUGCUAUGUGAUCACACCUACGCGGGCACCCUCGGCUUGAGAUAAGAAAAAAAAAUUGGGUGUGUACCUGCACACUGGCGACGCAUCGCACUCAUAUAGUGUGAAGACUUUUUCUUGCUCUUUAAGCACAGCAAAAAA